AUGUAAAAUAAGAAUUAUAAGGUUCAUAAAAUAGUUGGAAGGAGGUAUGAAAUUUUAGUUAAAGUAUUGGGAAAUGGUUAAUAUGCAACAACUUAUUUGGCUAGAAGUUGUUAAACUUAACAAGACCUUGCUUGCAAAGUUUAUAUGAAGUUUAUACAAAUAGGUAAUUUCUAAAGAAUAAAUUGUGCUUCAACUAAACAAAAUUGAAAUAAGGGAAUUGGCAGAAAAAAUGAAAUAAAAAAUAUCAGAAAGGCUAUAAAAUGAAGUUGACAAUACAAGAAAUAUGUGUAAUCUGAGAUUUAUUAUAUUAUAAAGAACAUCCUCACAUUGUAAAAUUUGAAGAUUUAGUUGAAAGUCCAAACAACAUUUAUUUUUUUAUGGAAUAUUGUUAAGGAGGAACCUUAGAAAAAUUGAUUAAGGAUAGAAAAAGACUUAGUUAAACUGAUGCUUUACCUUACUUUAAAUAGUUGGCAUCAGGUAAUAUAAAUAUUUUAUUAAUUAGGUUGUGGAUAUCUUUAUGAGAAAAAUGUUAUACAUAGAGACUUAAAACCAUCUAAUGUUUUACUAUAAGAUAAUGUCAUUAAAAUAGCUGAUUUUGGUUUAUCAAAAGCUUUGGAAUAAUAAAUAAAAGAAAUAGCAAAUGAUAAUACCCCAUUGAUUGGAACACCCUUGUAUAUGAGUCCUUAAGUAGAUUGUUCUUUUAUAUUUAGGUAAUAGGACAACAAUUAUAUUCUAUUAAGGCUGAUGUUUGGUCACUAGGAUGUAUAUUUUAUGAAAUGCUUUGUGGAAGAACUCCUUAUUAUCAUGAACAUGUUUAAUAUUUAUAAUAAAUGAUCUAAAAUGAAAAUGUACAGUUUCCUAAUGAUGUUUAAAUAUCAGACAACUUGAAAAAAUUAAUUAUCAAAAUGCUAGCCAAAACUGAAAAUGAUAGAAUUAGUAUCAUACAAGUAAUUUAAUAUUUAGAUUCUGUUUGA